UGAGUAUAUUGCUAAAAACAUUCAACUGUAUAAGAUGAGAAAUGGUUAUGAACUGUCUCCACAUGCAGCUGCCAACUUCACUAGAAAACAACUAGCAGAUGCCUUAAGAAGUCAGACACCCUACAAUGUAAACAUGUUACUAGCAGGCCAUGAUAAAGAAGAUGGUCCAAGUUUAUAUUAUAUGGAUUAUUUAGCAUCAUUAAAUAAAGUGCCAUUUGGUGUCCAUGGUUAUGGUGGUUUUUUCUCCUUAUCAGUUAUGGAUAGAUACUAUCAAAAAGAUAUGAAUCAAGAUGAAGCUAUGAAGUUAUUACAACAAUGUAUAGAUGAGGUAGAA